CUUCUUGCGUGACGUACAAUCUAGUGGACGGAACUGGAGGUUUCUUCAACAGCGACAAAAGGCUUCUGAUUUAACCAACGUGGUGGUUUACUAGCGAACAUUAAACCGAAACAUUGAAGCGUUUAAGACACAUAUUGUGUAUAUUAUUCUUAGUGUUUUAAACACAAUUCUGUUUACAUAUCUACUCGUUCAUUGAAACGUAGGUUGCUUGUUAAAUUAGCUAAUGUGGUAAAUUGAUACUGCACUAGGCUAGUCGCCCGAAACAUGAGCUCACUAAUCUCGACGGAGAAAGAAGCUCUGAUGAAAGGAGAGGAAGAAGCUUUCAGGAUGAAAAGGGAGGAAGAGGAGGCUAUCACAUUGAAAGAAGAAGAGGAUGAUAUUACAGUGAAAGAGGAAUAUGGGAAAGAGGUUGUGGAAGAGGAGGAGGUAGCAGCUUUCAGAAUCAAAAAAGAGGAAGAUGCCAUAACAUUGAAAGAAGAGGAAGAACCUUUUGGAGUAAAAGAGGAAGAGGAGGCUAUCUCAAUUAAAGGGGAGGAGGAAGACGUUUUGGGAGUGAAAAGGGAUGAGGCUGAAAAUUCGAUUAAGACCAGAGAGAGUCAUGACUAUCGUGGAUCCUCUGGGGAGCCUCAACAACAUCCUGAUGCUGAUGAGGCAGAGAAGAGUAUCUCCAGAUCAGAACACCAGAUGGACAACAGUAGCCCUUCCUCUCUCCCGGAGUCCCCGUGUCGUGCCUCUCCCGGUAUUGGCUUACUGCUGGGUAUGAAGAGGUUGUCUGUGCUGCUGGUGGACUGCAGGAAAACAACGGGGCUGAGUGGAACUGUGAGGGGAGGAGAAGAGAAGAAAGGAUCAGAUUUGACCCAUCAAAGAGAAAGACCAGACUCAGAGGAACCAGAGCCAGGGACGUCCAAACCAGCAAGAAGACACCAGUGUUCCCACUGUGGAAAGGGUUGUAACCACUUAAGUGAGCUUAAACGACAUGAGAGAAUACACAGAGGGGAGAAGCCUUACCACUGCUCCCAGUGUGGCAAGGGUGUUAACGAUUUGGGGAAGCUGAAACGACACGAGAGAAUACACAGGGGAGAAGCCUUACCACUGCUCCCAGUGUGGAAAGGGUUUUGUAAAGAUUUGGGGAAGCUGAAACGACACGAGAGAAUACACACAGGGGAGAAGCCUUACCACUGCUCCCAGUGUGGAAAGGGUUUUAAUGAUUUGGGGGGUCUGAAACGACAUGAGAGAAUACACACAGGGGAGAAGCCUUACCACUGCUCCCAGUGUGGAAAGUGUUUCAACCAAUGA